AUGAGUACUAAAAUUAAAAUAAUUUUAUUUACUAUUUUUGCUUUUUUAAUUUUGGCUUGUUUAAUUAUUUCAAUUGUUUUAUUGACUACUAUUGAAAAUAAUAAAAAUAAUCAAGAUAAUAUAAUUAAUUCUAAUAAUAUUAUUUAUAAAAAUGAUUCAAUUUCUAAUGAAUUUGCAGUAGGCCUCCUACAACGUAUCAACAAAUCUGUUGAUCCAUGUGAAGAUUUUUAUGAAUAUGCCUGUGGUAAUUGGCAAAUAAAUAAUCCCACCCCAAAUUAUACCUCAUCCUGGACAUUAUAUGAUGUUGUAUCACAAAAUGUGGGAAAAUUAGUUGAAGAUUCUAUAGUUAAUUUUAAUGUUAAUGAUGCUUCUGAUGGUUUAAUUAAAGCUAAACAAUUUUAUGAUACAUGUAUGAAUACUAAAUUAACAGAACAAAGUAAGGGUAUACAAUUAGGAAAAUUGUUACAUUCAGGUGAACCUGAAAAUGAUAAAUUUAAUAAAUUUAUAUAUAAUAAUGGAAAAUGGCCAAUAAUUGAUAAUUCAUGGAGUCAGGAAAAUGUUAACAUAUCAUUAGAAGGACAAAUUGGAUUUCUUAAAAGAGAAUUUGGAAUUGAUACAUUUAUUUAUACUUAUGCUAUGGGAUAUGAUCUUCAAAGUAAUUUAACUAUACUUUUAAUGACAGGAGAGAUGUUACCAUUAGGAUUAGGUAUUUUUAGUCAGGAAAAUUAUUUUAAUGAUAAAGUUAUGAAUGCAUAUAAUAUAUUACAAGAAAAAAUUGCAUACCUCCUGGCUAGAGAUAGUAAUUUUACCUUAUUAAAUGGAAAAAUAAAUAAAGAUGAUUUAAAAAUUAUGUUACAAAUAGAAAUUGAUUUGGCUGAAGUUAUAGUAAAUGUUUAUAUGCAACCAAACAGUACAACUUCAGAUGAUCUAUAUAGUUUAUUAACUCUCCAAAAAGUUUUACCAAAUUUUGCUUGGAAAGACUAUUUAUCGAAUUUGUUACCAAAAGAAAUUUAUAAUAAAAUAUUAACUGGAAAAAAAUUAAUAAAUCUUGAUUCAUUAUUAUAUAUUUCAGAGGUUAAAAAAUUACUUUUAAAAUAUAGAUAUCAAGAUAUUCAAAAUUAUAUGAUAUGGAGACUUAUAAAAUAUUCUUUACCUUAUAUGUCUAUUGAAUAUACACAGGCAUUAGCUAAUUUUACAUCAAUAUUAUAUGGUAAAUCAAAUCAAGUUACACCUAUUAAUGAAACAUGUCUAUCAUAUGUUAGAGGAAAUUAUGAAAUGCCUAAUUUAGGUUAUGCUGUUACAGAAGCAUUUGUUAAAAAAAAUUUUAAUAAUAAUACUAAAAAUGAUGUUUCAAUAUUAAUAAAAAAUGUUAAAGAAAGUUUAGAAUAUAUAAUGUUACAAUCAUCAUGGAUGGAUGAUAUAACAAAAUCAAAUGCAUUAAAAAAAGCUAUAUUUAUGAAAACAUUUACUGCUUACCCUGAUUGGGUAUUAAAUAAAACAUUACAAAAUAUUUAUUAUGAAAAUUUAUUAGCACCAGAGGGAAUUACAUUUGUAUCAUUAAAUCUUAUGUUAAGAUCAUGGGCUGUUAUUAAAAAUUUUCAAUUAAUUGAUACUCAACCAAAUUUUCUUGAUUUUCAUGGUCCACCUGUUGCUACAGAUGCCUGGUACACAGCAACAGCAAAUUCAUUUUCUAUACCUAUUGGAGAAUUACAACCACCAUUCUAUAAAUAUGGAUAUCCGGAUGCUGCAAAUUAUGGAGCUGUUGGAGCAGUUGCUGGACAUGAAAUGUCACAUGGAUUUGAUGCUAUGGGACAUCAAUAUGAUGAAUAUGGUAAUCUUAAUGAUUGGUGGACAAAUAAGUCAGAAAUUAUGUUUAAUGAAAAAUUAGUUUGUAUAGAAAAUCAAUUUAAUAAAUAUUGUUAUUCUGGUAUUGGCUGUAUUAAUGGAAAAAAUACAGUUAAUGAAAAUGUUGCUGAUCUUGCUGGAUUAAAAGCUGCAUUAAAGGCCUAUGAAAUAAAUAAAAUAACUUUUAGUAAUAAGAAAGAGGAACGUUUACAAUUAAUACCAGAAUAUACAAUGGAUCAAUUAUUUUAUCUUAAUUUUGCAUCAUUUUGGUGUGGUAAAGAAUCAAAUGAAUCAUUAAAAAUGUCACUUAAUGAAGAUUCUCAUUCUCCAGGAAAAUAUAGAGUAAUAGGUACAUUACAAAACAUUCCAGAAUUUUCUAGAACUUUCAGCUGUAAUUUGGGAAGUAAAAUGAAUCCAAUCAAUAAAUGUUCAAUAUGGUAA